AUGACUUGCAAUACAAGGCAUGAAGAUGUUAUGACUGUCGAUGUGCAUACUGCAAAAGAUCUCCUUGGCUCAGGUCACCAUUAUUUAGAUGUGAGGUCAGUUGAGGAAUUCAACAAGAGCCACAUUGAUAAUGCAUUAAAUGUUCCUUACAUGUUCAUCACCGAAGAAGGGAGAGUGAAAAACCCUGACUUUCUCACCCAAGUAGCUGCCAUUUCCGAGAAGGAGGAUCACUCAGUCGUGGGUUGCAAUAGUGGAGGCAGAUCAUUUCGUGCCUGUGUUGAUCUGCUUAAUGCGGGAUAUAAACAUGUAACUAAUAUGGGAGGGGGUUACUCAGCAUGGGUUGACAGUGGCCUUGCUGGUGACAAACCAGCAGAAGAGCUUAAAACUGCUUGCAAGUUUCGCCCUUGA